AGACCACCCUGCUCUGGAACCACAGAAGAAGAGCGUUUGAGUCACGUGACAGGUUUUGCCGGUUGGACUUCCUGUUGUCACUUCGGUCCUUUUUUCUUAUUCAUUUUGUGCUCAAACGUUUGAGUUAAACUGUGUUUUCGUGACGAGUCGGAGGUCGAUCUCUCUGUCCGAGUCACACGUUUGUGUUUGUUCAGUGUCAAAGUGAUUCAGGAACGAGCACGUCGGCUAAUGCUAGCUGCUAAAUGCUAGCCAGCCGCUAACGUUAGCUAGCUGCUGUGUGUACAACAGUGACAGCUGAGACGCGGAUGUCUCUCUUUUUUUCGCCUUCCUUCCAUCAGCUUUAACCGGUGAGCUUCGGCUUUGCUAGCUCGCACCAUGGCCAGUCUGCUCUCAGCGCAGUGCGUCGCCUCUCUGAGGAAAUCUGGAAACCUAAUCAGUUUAAGCAGCGCUGCUCUGAGCAUCGAUAAGAGACGCUACAGCAGCCACGGAGGGUCUCCAGGAGAGUAUCUGCACCGCAGUGUUGUUCCGUCCAUGCACUACCAGAAGAGUUUACCCAGGCUUCCUGUACCCAAACUGGAGGAUACUAUCAGAAGGUAUUUAGCUGCCCAGAGGCCUCUGUUGGAUGAUGACCAGUUCAGAACUACAGAGAAACUUGCACAGGACUUCCUGAAUGGUGUGGGGAAACAGCUGCAUGAGGAACUGGUGGCUCAGGACAAAAACAAUAAGCACACAAGCUACAUCUCAGGACCCUGGUUCGACAUGUAUCUCUCCGCUCGCGACUCUGUGGUGCUGAACUUCAACCCCUUCAUGUCCUUCAACCCCGACCCAAAGACAGAGUACAACGACCAGCUGGUGCGGGCCACCAACAUUGUGUGUUCGGCAGUGCGCUUCAUGAAAACACUGCGAGCUGGACUGCUGGAGCCAGAGGUUUUCCACCUCAACCCUGCAAAGAGCGACACAGACGGCUUCAAAAAGUUCAUCCGCUGGGUCCCGUCCUCCCUGUCCUGGUACGGAGCUUACAUGGUGAACGCUUACCCCCUCGACAUGUCUCAGUACUUCCGCCUCUUCAACUCAACUCGGAUUCCCAAGCAAGGGCGAGAUGAGCUCUUCACCGAUGAGAAAGGGAGGCAUCUGCUCGUCAUGAAGAGAGGCAACAUGUACGUGUUUGAUGUUAUAGACAAGGAUGGGAAUCUGGCGCAGCCUGCAGAGAUCCAGUCCCACCUGAAGCACAUUUUGUCUGACACGACACCGGCACCUGCCCUUCCUCUCGGGGUCCUGACCAGUGAGAACAGGGAUGUGUGGGCCGGCCUGAGGGAACGGCUGGUAGCAGCCGGAAACACUGAGGAUUUAAGGAUUGUUGACAGCGCUCUUUUCUGUCUCUGUCUUGACGACGAAAAUAUGAAGGACCAUAUUCACAUCUCCCACAACAUGCUGCACGGCGACGGCUGCAACAGGUGGUACGACAAGUCCUUCAGCAUCAUUCUGGCCAAAGACGGACAAGCGGCCAUCAAUUUCGAGCACUCCUGGGGCGACGGUGUGGCAGUGCUCCGCUUUCAGAAUGAGGUGUUCAAAGACACGACAGAGCAGCCGCUGGUCCACCCGGGCUCUGCUGCCGCUGCUGUGGACUCAGCCUCCGCUGUGCGUAGGCUGCAGUUCAACCUGGACGGCGAGCUGGAGAACGGCAUCAAAAAAGCCAAGGAGAACUUUGAUUCAGCUGUAUCCAAACUCACCAUCGAUGCCAUGGAGUUCAAGAAAGGCGGGAAGGAGCAGUUAAAGAAGAGCAAGUUGAGUCCGGAUGCCAUCGCCCAGCUGGCUUUUCAGAUGGGCUACCUGAGGCAGUAUGGGCAGACUGUAGCCACGUACGAGUCCUGCAGCACCGCUGCAUUCAAGCACGGCCGCACAGAGACCAUCCGGCCCGCCACCAUACACACACAAAAAUGUUCGCAAGCAUUUGUUCACCAGCCCGGCCAACACAGCGUGGAUGAGCUGAAGGCCAUGCUCGCUGAGUGCUCCAAGUAUCACGGGCAGCUCACCAGGGAAGCAGCUAUGGGACAAGGUUUCGAUCGUCACCUGUUUGCCAUGCGAUACCUGGCCAACUCAAAGGGCCAGGCUCUGCACAGCCUGUACACAGAUCCCGCCUACGCUGCCAUCAACCACAACAUCCUCUCCACCAGCACCCUCACCAGUCCGGCCGUGAGCCUCGGCGGCUUCGCCCCAGUGGUGCCCGACGGGUUUGGCGUCGGCUACGGCGUCCAUGACGACUGGAUCGGCUGCAACGUGUCCAGCUACCCGGCUCGCAACGUCCACGAGUUCCUGCAGUGUGUCCACAAGUCUUUAGAGGACAUUUUCACCGUCCUGGAGGGAAAACCAGUCAGCUAAGAAACGUGUUUGUCACGAAAGACAAAAAAAAAAAAACGAUCCAUCAUUCUCAGCUUUCAAACUGUUGAUUAACUUCUCUUGGUAAACAUGCAGAGAGUGAGAUGACUAAUAUAUUUUAUAAACCUUAGAAGGAAAAUAGCGAAUCACUGCGAUUAAGUAUACAUGUUUUUUAAGACUGACAUGGUUAGGGGAAAGCUAUUGGAGAUUACUGUACAAAUGAAACAAGUCAGUUUUACUGAGGACACAUCAUGAAAACCACACUGAGCAUCAGAUACUUGAAACACCGGCCUUCCAGAAAUUCUCCAGCCACAUCCACUCUGACAGCAUUGUACUGUAGCCUAAUGUGACUGUUAGCUCUGUUUUAGUUCUACGUAACAGUGACAGCCAAGAUCGGGAAUGCUGGUCGUGUUAUUUAUGAAGUCGGGCUUUUCAGAAGGUGUCUGGAUUAAAGAUCAGACUCUGUGCCUUAUCACAAUGUGAAUUUAAGAGCAUUUACUGAUCUUCACUGUAAUAACCUCACUAAUAACUACAAGUUUGUCAAUUUACAGCCUUAUUGAUGUGGUUGAAUGUCUUUUGAAAUAAAACUUAAUUUAAAUAUUCGCU